AUGGGCACCUCUGUAACGGAGACCCCAGGCGAACUGAUGAGACAGGUCGCAACGCACCUAUCAAGCCAGUUCAAAGACGUGACGAUUACGAUUCCAAGAAAGACAACAUGGAGCCAUGUAUUGCACGAAACGGAGGCCGCAUUGGUGGAUAAGACUGAAGAUGACUCUAUUGUUUUAAGGAAGUCUCGAACUGAGGCCCAGAGAAAACACUUCCGGGAGAUCGCGCUCCAGGGUGCUGCGAGCUGGACAGAUGCGGAGCCAACAACAUCAGGCGUUUUCGCCCCAGGCAAAUUUAUCAGCACCCGCUAUAACACAGACUCGAUUGCACUCCCCGUCAACGUCGAGGACUCGUAA